CGCGCCGCCGCGCUAGAAUGGAGGCACCCAGCGGCAGCGGCCACAGCGGCGACGGGGCUGGGGACAGUGCUCACCCGGAGCCCCCGGCCCCCGGUGCCGCAGCACCCAGCUCUGGCCCCGGCCCGUGCGCUGCCGCCCGGGAGACGGAGCGCCAGCUGCGCCUCCGCCUCUGCGUCCUCAACGAGAUCUUGGGCACCGAGAGGGACUACGUGGGCACCUUGUGCUUCUUGCAGUCGGCCUUCCUGCAUCGCAUCCGGCAGAAUGUGGCAGACACGGCCGAGAGGGGCAUCACGGAGGAGAACGUCAAGAUCCUGUUCUCUAACAUUGAAGACAUCCUGGAAGUUCAUAAGGAUUUCUUGGCCGCCUUGGAGUAUUGUUUACAUCCGGAGCCUCAGUCUCAGCAUGAACUUGGGAAUGUUUUUUUAAAAUUUAAGGACAAGUUCUGUGUAUAUGAGGAAUACUGCAGCAACCACGAGAAGGCCCUGCGGCUGCUGGUGGAACUGAACAAGAUCCCCACCGUGCGCGCCUUCCUCUUGAGCUGCAUGCUUCUAGGAGGCCGGAAGACCACGGACAUCCCUUUGGAGGGCUACCUUCUGUCUCCGAUUCAGAGGAUAUGCAAGUACCCCCUCCUCCUCAAGGAGCUGGCCAAGAGGACCCCCGGCAAGCACCCAGACCACCCUGCGGUCCAGAGUGCCCUGCAGGCCAUGAAGACUGUGUGCUCCAACAUCAAUGAGACCAAACGGCAGAUGGAGAAGCUGGAGGCCCUGGAGCAGCUGCAGUCCCACAUCGAGGGCUGGGAGGGCUCUAACCUCACGGACAUCUGCACCCAGCUCCUCCUGCAAGGGACUUUGCUGAAAAUCUCUGCGGGCAACAUCCAGGAGAGAGCCUUCUUCCUGUUUGACAACCUCCUGGUCUACUGUAAGCGGAAAUCCAGGGUCACCGGGAGCAAGAAAUCAACCAAGAGGACCAAAUCCAUCAAUGGCUCCCUGUACAUCUUCAGGGGUCGAAUCAACACAGAAGUCAUGGAGGUGGAGAACGUGGAAGAUGGGACAGCGGAUUACCACAGCAAUGGAUACACCGUCACCAAUGGCUGGAAGAUCCACAACACAGCCAAGAACAAGUGGUUUGUCUGCAUGGCCAAGACAGCCGAGGAGAAGCAGAAGUGGCUGGAUGCCAUCAUCCGUGAGCGAGAGCAACGUGAGAGCCUGAAGCUGGGCAUGGAGCGGGAUGCCUACGUCAUGAUUGCCGAGAAGGGGGAGAAACUUUACCACAUGAUGAUGAACAAGAAGGUGAACCUGAUCAAGGACCGUCGGAGAAAGCUGAGCACCGUCCCCAAGUGCUUCCUCGGCAAUGAGUUUGUUGCCUGGCUCCUGGAAAUUGGUGAGAUCAGCAAGACAGAAGAAGGGGUCAACUUGGGCCAAGCCUUGCUGGAGAAUGGGAUUAUCCACCAUGUCUCUGACAAGCACCAGUUUAAGAACGAGCAGGUGAUGUACCGCUUCCGCUAUGAUGACGGCACCUACAAGGCCCGGAGUGAGCUGGAAGACAUCAUGUCCAAGGGUGUGAGGCUCUACUGCCGUCUUCACAGCCUAUACACCCCUGUGAUCAAGGACCGAGAUUACCACCUGAAGACCUACAAGUCCGUGCUUCCUGGGAGCAAGCUGGUCGACUGGCUGCUGGCACAGGGAGACUGCCAGACGCGAGAGGAGGCGGUGGCACUUGGCGUGGGACUGUGUAACAACGGCUUUAUGCACCACGUGCUAGAGAAGAGCGAGUUCAAGGAUGAGUCCCAGUACUUCCGCUUCCAUGCUGACGAGGAGAUGGAGGGGACCAGCAACAAGAACAAACAACUUCGCAAUGACUUCAAGCUGGUGGAGAACAUCCUGGCCAAGCGUCUGCUGAUCUUGCCUCAGGAAGAGGACUACGGCUUUGAGAUCGAGGAGAAGAACAAGGCUGUGGUGGUGAAGUCGGUCGAGAGGGGCUCACUGGCUGAGAUGGCGGGCCUGCACGUGGGGAGGAAGGUCUACUCCAUCAACGAGGACCUGGUGUUCCUGCGGCCCUUCUCAGAGGUGGAGUCCAUCCUCAACCAGUCUUUCUGCUCCCGCCGCCCACUGCGCCUCCUAGUGGCCACCAAGGCCAAAGAGGUCAUCAAAGUACCCGAUCAGCCAGAGGCACUGUGCUUCCAGAUCCGUGGGGCUGACCCGCCAUACAUCUACGCUGUGGGCAGAGGUUCGGAGGCUGCGGCCACAGGGCUCUGUGCUGGCCAGUGCAUCCUGAAGGUUAACGGCAACAGCCUGAUGGGCGACGGUGCCUCAGAGGUCCUGGAGCACUUCCAAGCAUUCCGGAAUCAUCGAGAGGAGGCCCUGGGCUUGUACCAGUGGAUCUACCACACGCAUGAGGAUGCCCAGGAAGCACGAGCCAGCCAAGAGGACCCCAGUGGUGAGGGGCCCCAGGAGGAAGACCAGCAUGACUCAGAUUUCCCUCUGCAGUCCCUGGGUCCCCAGCUGACCCUCCACGAGGACAGCCCCACGGUUAGCGUGACGGUGGACAACGUGCAUCUGGAGCACGGCGUGGUCUAUGAGUAUGUGAGCACAGCAGGCGUCAAGUGCCAUGUUCUGGAGAAGAUUGUGGAGCCCCGUGGCUGCUUCAGCCUCACUGCCAAGAUCCUCGAGGCCUUUGCUGCUGACGACAGUGUCUUCGUGCAGAACUGUGGGCGGCUCAUGGCCCUGAGCAGUGUCAUCAUGACCAUGCCCCACUACGAGUUCCGCAACAUCUGUGACACCAAGCUGGAGAGCAUCACCCAGAGGAUCGCCCACUACCAGGAGUUUGCAGCCCAGCUGAAGAGCAGGGUCAGCCCGCCCUUCAAACAAGCAUCCCUGGAGCCCCACCUACUGUGUGGCCUGGACUUCUGCCCCACUAAUUGUCACAUCAACCUCAUGGAAGUAUCCUACCCCAAGACCACUCCCUCGGUUGGCAGGUCCUUCAGCAUCCGCUUUGGUCGCAAACCCUCCCUCAUUGGCCUUGACCCAGAGCAAGGCCACCUGAACCCCAUGUCUUACACCCAGCACUGUAUUACCACCAUGGCUGCCCCGUCCUGGAAGUGCCUGCCUGCUGUGGAUGGGGACUCCCAAGGUCUUAACGAUAGCAUCUUCGGGCUGGCCAGCAGAGCCCUCGGCCAGGAGGACCGGGGCCUGAGCUUCCUGCUCAAACAGGAAGACCGUGAGAUCCAGGACGCCUACUUGCAGCUCUUUACAAAACUGGAUGUGGCCCUGAAGGAGAUGAAGCAGUACGUCACCCAGAUCAACAGGCUGCUGUCCACCAUCACGGAGCCCACCUCGGGCGGGUCCUGCCAUCCACCCUCGUCUGAGGAGCCCUCAUCCUCCCCACUGGUCAGUGAAGAGAGCGAGAUGGACAGGGCGGACCAUGGCGGCAUCAAGAAAGUGUGCUUCAAGGUGUCUGAGGAAGAUCAGGAGGACUCAGGCCAUGACACCAUGAGCUACCGUGACUCCUACAGUGAAUGUAACAGUAACCGGGACUCCGUCCUUUCCUACACCAGUGUGAGAAGUAACAGCUCCUACUUGGGCAGCGACGAGAUGGGGUCUGGGGACGAGCUGCCCUGUGACAUGCGGAUCCCGUCAGACAAGCAGGACAAGCUUCAUGGUUGCCUGGAACAUCUCUUUAACCAGGUGGACUCCAUCAACGCACUCCUCAAGGGGCCAGUCAUGAGCAAGGCUUUUGAAGAGACCAAGCAUUUCCCCAUGGACCACAGCUUGCAAGAGUUCAAACAGAAAGAAGAGUGUACAAUUCGUGGCCGGAGCUUAAUCCAGAUCAGCAUCCAGGAAGACCCCUGGAACCUCCCCAACUCCAUCAAGACCCUAGUGGACAACAUUCAACGAUACGUGGAAGAUGGGAAGAACCAGCUACUCCUGGCCUUGUUGAAGUGCACAGACACAGAGCUGCAGCUGCGGAGGGAUGCCAUCUUCUGCCAGGCCCUGGUGGCGGCCCUGUGUACCUUCUCUGAGCAGCUCCUGGCAGCCCUGAGCUACCGCUACAACAACAACGGCGAGUACGAGGAGAGCAGCCGUGAUGCCAGCCGCAAGUGGCUGGAGCAGGUGGCGGCCACGGGUGUCCUGCUGCACUGCCAGUCCCUGCUUUCCCCGGCCACAGAGAAGGAGGAGCAGACCAUGCUAGAGGAUCUCUGGGUGACCUUGUCAGAACUGGACAACGUCACCAUCUCCUUUAAGCAGCUGGAUGAGAACUACGUGGCCAACACCAACGUCUCCUACCACAUCGAGGGUGGCCGGCAGGCACUGAAGGUCAUCUUCUACCUCGACAGCUACCACUUCUCCAAGUUGCCCUCCCGCCUGGAGAGUGGGGCCAGCCUUCGGCUGCACACGGUGCUCUUCACGAAAGCUCUGGAGAAUGUGGAGGUGCUGCCUCCUCCAGGCAGCCCAGCCGUGGAAGAUUUGCAGCAGGAGAUCAACAGUCAGUCCCUGGAGAAGGUUCAGCAGUAUUACCGAAAACUCAGGGCGUUUUAUCUGGAACGGUCUAACUUGCCCACAGACGCCAGCACCACUGCCGUGAAGAUUGACCAGCUGAUCCGCCCCAUCAAUGCUCUGGAUGAGCUGUGCCGCCUCAUGAAGUCCCUCGUCCACCCCAAACCUGGGGCCGGCGGGAGCCUGGGUGCCAGCCUCAUCCCCAUCUCCUCUGAGCUCUGCUACCGCCUGGGGGCCUGCCAGAUUGUCAUGUGUGGCACGGGCAUGCAGCGGAGCACCCUGAGCGUCUCCCUGGAGCAGGCGGCCAUCUUGGCACGGAGCCAUGGGCUGCUGCCCAAGUGCAUCAUGCAGGCCACAGACAUCAUGCGGAAGCAGGGCCCCAGGGUGGAGAUUCUGGCCAAGAACCUCCGGGUCAAGGAUCAGAUGCCCCCGGGUGCACCACGGCUCUACCGCCUCUGCCAGCCGCCGGUGGAUGGAGACCUCUGA